AUGUUCCUGCUCCAAUAUCGGUGGAGCACCACCUACCUUGUUGACGUGCGUGUUCGGCCUGAAGCUGCAGCGCCGCCCAGACGCCAGCUGCUCGUACACCCAGGCCAGGCCAGCCGAUGCUACCCGCGAAGUUCUGCCUGCACUCGCCAUGUUCCUGCUCCAAUAUGGAGUGGAGCACCACCUGCCUUGUUGACGUGCGUGUUCAGCCUGCAGCUGCAGCGCCGCCCAGACGCCAGCCGCUCGUACACCCAGGCCAGGCCCGCCGAGCCGCCGAGGAGGGGCCGCACGCGCGGCCCAGUGGCCCCUGGGACCAGCAAGUGCUAG